GAGACCGUCGCGCGCGCACCAAUGAUCCUACCCGCCCGUACUAUGUCGCCGCCGCACGGCGCCUUCCACCCGCCUGCGCACGCGCAACCUGACGAGGAACCCGUCUCCCGAACUUACCAAUAUAGAAAAGUUAUGAAGCCAAUGCUAGAACGAAAGAGGAGAGCCCGCAUCAACCGCUGCCUUGAUGAACUCAAAGACCUUAUGGUUACCGCCCUGCAAGCUGAAGGAGAAAAUGUCUCCAAACUAGAAAAGGCUGACAUCCUGGAACUCACCGUUCGCCACCUUCACAGCCUCAAGAGGCGAGGACAGUUAGUGCUGAAACCUGAAAUGUCCUACGCAGAACGUUUUCGUGCUGGAUUUACUCAGUGUGCAACAGAAGUGUCUCAGUUUAUUGCAAACGCCACCUUAGCUGCCACCGCAAUGCAACGUCAAGGUCCAGUAGACCCUCAAGCUGGAGCGAGAUUGCUGCAGCAUCUCAGUAACUGUAUAAGAAGGUUGGAGAAUCCUCAAGUAGUGCAGCCUCAGCCAAUAGCACCAAAUGGUGUUGCGAGGCCAACACCGCUGCAGCCGAUCCCGCCGCCCCAGCAACCUCCCCAGCAACCACCGCAGCAGCAGCAGGCGGUGCUGCAGAGGACAUCGUUACCAGAUCGAGGGCUAAAGAGGCUGGCGGAGCCGAUGGACGCGGAAGCUGCGCUCGCAAAGCGUGCGUACGCACCGCCCUCGCCGCCUCACAGCCCCGCCUCCGAGUCAGACUCCGCCCAGUCGAUGUGGCGGCCGUGGUGACGCUGCCCAGCUCCUCGCAUGCCCAAGGACCGUGUGACAACGUGUGAUAAUCAUUUAUAUUGUUGUUUGUUUCUAUUAACGUUCCUAGAACUGAUGUGUGUUUACGAAGUAUGGAUUGUUCUCGCUUUGCUUGUUGAAGUUUUUCUUUUUUAUUAAUUUAAUAAAUUAAGGUUUUUUUGUUCAGUAGUAAUCUGUUAUUUGUAUUCCUAACUUCAACGUCUUCCGCGUCGGUUAAAGCAUUUACUUGUACGUUUAAGUACCGCGUAGUGUUAGUUAGCACCUAAGUUGUACUGUGAUAAUUAAUUCCCAGAAAGGAGUUGUUAGGAUAGAGAAUUAGAGGAUGUUUACUGUAGGCUAUUUGAAAUGAUGGAAGAAAAUAAACAAUGU